GGCCUUUAGAGGCUCCCAAACUGGACGGGGGGGGGGGGAGGCCGGAGAAAGCUGCGUGGAAGAGCGACAGUGGCCAGGUCCCCCCAGGACGUGUGAAUCUUUCAGCGGCGCCUCUUCCUAGGAGCGAUAGGGAGAAACCGCGCCAGCAACUAGGAGAGCGAGGCGCGUCUUUGGAGUGGAGGAUCGGGCCACUAAGCCGGUCUCUGCUCCUGCCGGGGUCGGCGCUGCGCUCGGGGUGGGUCCGGCUGCCUUUCCGAGGAGGAGGAGGCAAGCGAGGCGCGGGCGCUCCGGCAGAAAAGACAAAGGCUUCUUCUGAGUGGAGAGGCCGCCCCUGAGGCGGGGACUGCAGCCGUCGAGGGGCGGGCCGGGGGCGGGCGCUGGAGCUGCAGCGGGCAGGCAGAGCGACGGCGUCGGCGGCAGGAGAAGGUGGAGGGAGCCGUUCUUCGGUGCGCACCGGUAUGGAGGCAGCGGCGAGAAGGAGGACGGCGGCGACGACGCUGGCGGGGCGGUGACCGGGGCCGUCGGGCGGCGGCGAUGCGCCCGCCCCGGCCAUGGAGGAGCGCUGGCACCGGGGGCUGGCGGCGCUGGUGAUGCUGCUGCUCUUCGGGGGGCUGGUGCUGCAGUACGUGUGCCCGGGUAGCGAGUGCCAGCUGCGGCAGCGCCUGGCCGAGGCCGCCCCGUCCGCCCUGCUGGCGCGCCAGGCCGGCCAGGGAGGGGACCCUUACCGGGCGGAGGACGAGAGCCCUCCGCGCUUCGUGCCGCGCCUGAACUUCUCGGAAGCCGAUCUGCUGCGCCGCGUGGACUUCCACAUCGCUGGCGACGAUCUGAUCGUUUUCCUGCACAUCCAGAAGACGGGCGGCACCACCUUCGGGCGCCACCUGGUGCGCAACAUCCAGCUGGAGCAGCCUUGCGAGUGCAAGGCCGGGCAGAAAAAGUGCACCUGCCUCCGGCCGGGCAAGCGAGAGACCUGGCUCUUCUCCCGCUUCUCCACUGGCUGGAGCUGCGGGCUCCACGCCGACUGGACCGAGCUGACCAACUGCGUCCCGGCCGUGGUGGACAGCAAAAAGGACGCCAAGCUGCGCCCCACCAGAAACUUCUACUACAUCACGAUCCUCCGGGACCCGGUGUCUCGGUACUUGAGUGAAUGGAGGCAUGUCCAAAGAGGAGCAACCUGGAAAGCAUCAUUGCAUGUCUGCGACGGGAGAUCACCAACUUCCGAAGAGCUGCCCAGCUGUUACUCGGGGGAUGACUGGUCUGGCUGCUCCUUGCAGGAGUUCAUGGACUGCCCGUACAAUCUCGCCAACAACCGCCAGGUCCGCAUGCUGGCUGACCUCAGCCUGGUGGGAUGCUACAAUUUGUCUGUCAUGCCAGAAGAGCAGCGGAACAAGGUUCUUCUGGACAGUGCCAAGGAGAACCUGAAGCGGAUGGCUUUCUUUGGCCUGACGGAGUUUCAGAGGAAGACUCAGUACCUCUUUGAGAAGACGUUUAACAUGGUCUUCAUCUCCCCGUUCACGCAGUACAAUAGCACACGAGCCUCCAGUGUGGACAUUGACGAAGAGACCCAGAAGCACAUAGAGGCUCUCAAUUUUUUAGACAUGGAGCUGUAUGAAUAUGCAAAAGAUCUUUUCCUGCAACGUUAUCAGUAUAUGAGGCAGAAGGAGCACCAGGAGGCAAGGCGGAAGCGCCAGGAGCAACGGAAGAUCUGGAGAGCUAAGCAGGUCCACAGCAAGGAGCAGAGCAGCACAAAUACAACAACUGACUACAUUGGGAGUGUGGAGCAGUGGCGAUAAUAACAGGGGGCGAGGUGUGUUUUUAGGGAGAUCCAGAUUUGAAAAGCCAGGGCAGGGUUGCAAAAUAGAGAGGAAGGACGAAGCAGCCAAGCAAAUUUGUGCUCCUUUGAGGGCGGGGAACGGAUACAAGGCUUCUGGCCUGUAGCCUUUGCCAAUGCUUUGUGCAUUAAAUGUCAUGCCCAGUGUGGGUUAACCUCACCUCUGUGUGUCUCAGAUCUGUCCCUUUCUAAAAACAACAAACCAUGCUGGCCUGUUUAAGCAGCAAUUUUUCGGAAAUGAUUGCUUGGGCAAAACCAAACAUAAAAACUGAUUGACAUGGUUAAAGCUGAAAAAGUUGGGGAACUUUUUAUUUUAAUUUUUUUGAGGUGGGGAAAGUAUGCUUUUGAUGAGCAGGGCAUGAGCUGUGGGUUGCCCAUCCACCCAUUUUGUCUUGCAGGGCUGGGGAUUCUGUGGCCUUACAGAUAGUCAAGACUACAAUUCCCAACAUCCUUGACCCAUUGGGCCGUGAAAGCUGGUGGGAGUUGGAGUGCAAAGAGAGAUGGAGGGUGGCAGGUGUUCCCUGAUCUGUAGCCUUCUGGGGAAAUCCCCAACACUGUUCUUUUCAGGCCAACUCAGCCCCUUAUCUCCAGGAUGAAAGCUUUUUCAGCUUGGCAUUAGCCAUCAGAGUGACGGUCUGUUCCGUUUGGUAGCAGAAGUUUUAAUAAGGACUGCGGUGGCCAUAGUGAGCCCCACUGAAUACUGUUGUUUGGGGGCCACAUUUCUGCUCCACGUCAUAAGAUCUCAUCAUAUGAGGUUGGACAGAAGAACAUUGAGGUCCUUUCCAACUCUACAGUUCUACGAUUCUUUGUUAUACAAGGUCUGUGGAGCCUGCCUCCAAAGGUAGUUUGGGAUGUUUGGGGCAAAUAAAACACCCAUUUCCCAGAGUUUGGGAGUUCAAGGCAUGAUAGUCACGAUUGUGUUUUGCUAGGUGGCUUCCACAUGGGAAACACACAACCAGAAUGAAGCAUCCCAUUGGAAUAUCUCUCACACACCCUCCGUUAUUUUAUUUUAUUUCAUGAAUGUAUUUUCAUAGGCCAACUGCUUUUAGCACAUACCAAAUAUGAAUUCUUAUUAACGGGGUGUCUGAAGAAGAAAAUACAUUGGCUUUUUAACAAAGAAUAGAAGGGUUUUGUCUAUAAUUAUUUAUAACUCAUUUUUAAAAAUCUUCCUACUGCUGUUAAUGAAUUUUAAGCUUGUUUCAUUUCAUGUUCAAUUGGAGUUGAGAAUAUUCUCUCAAUGAUCUGGAGGACAUUUAGACUAGCUUAAUACAACAACAGAAAAAUACUGUUACAGAAUUACUUUGUGCAAUUGAAUUGGAAUCCACUUUGAAGAUGUGGGGAUGGGGAGAGAGGCAACUCUUGUAUUCCUGUCCAGUUUCAACAACUCUCCUUUCACAUAUUUAACUAGCAGGAUUUGAUCAUUUUGUAUAUUGCUGCCCAGAACGUUUUCGAUCGAAGCUGUAUUUUUUAAAAGAAUUUAUUAGCAAUGGGAGGGGAUAUGCCUGGACUGGUGGUUUGCUUUUGAUCCGCUCUUUCUAGUAUGAUGCAGAAUUUGAGCUCUCAUUUUUGUAAUAUUUGUGAGCCCAUCAAGGAGUCCUAGGGGGUCUCCCAUCCAGAUACCUGCUAGACCCAGACCUGCUUAGCUCCAGCCUCGGGUGCCUUCAGACUGUGACUUAGGGCCUCGUGGUCCUUCGGAGGCACACAGAGUUGAGAAAGGAAGAGAGGGCUGAGCCACAGACUUUGAAGUAGCCAUAUUUCUUACAUUUGGUGCCAGCUCAACACCAGAAUUACUCUUCUGCCGCCACUUGAAAUGCUUACCCUGUUCUAACAAGGGAAAGUCACGUGCAGAAGACAGCCUGAGUAUGGAUCUUCUUUGCUGGUUUGCGAACAAGUGCUUAAAGGUAUCUAAAGCAGGUAAUAAGCAUAUGAAAUUGCCUUAUACUGAGUCUGAUUAUUCGUUCAUCUAGCCCAGAGUUUUCUGCUCUGAUGGAUUGUGGCUUCCCACAGAAUCUGGCUGGCCACUAUGUGAACAGGAUGCUAGACUAAAAGUCUCGUUUGUCUGAUCUAGCAGGACUUUUUUCGUGUUCUCUUGGGGUCUUUCCCAGCCCUACUGCUUGAGAUAGGCGUUGGUUUUUAAUGGUGAUGGAACCUGUUACCUUUUGCUCUUCCUCUGUGUGGAGAAGGGCUGUAUCUCAGUGGUGGAGCACAUUCUCUACAUGCCAAAGACCUUUGAACAUAGGGAGGUCAAAGGGAUUAAUCUUUGAUGCUCUGAAGAAAACUGCCCUUCAUGCCGGAGACUAGGCAGUUUUCGGACAUGGUGAGUGACUUGGAGCAAAGGACCUCCAUCGUGCCCAAACACCACAGAAUAGUCCUGUGAGUUAGUCCUCAGGGCAUUAGGUCAGCUAAACCUCCCCUUUUUAAAUUACUUUUGAGACUGUGAUGAAUUACGACUGAAGGGAUCUGUGUGCCCCCUGAAACUUUCACACUGAAUGCAAACCGACUGCUAUCAUAAGAAGAGGCAAUUAUUAACGAUUAACAGAGUGGAAACGAAACAAAAAGCAUGUUUUAAUUGUCUGCAAUGAAGAAAGAUUAUAAAUAAAUAAGGGUGCUCUGCUUGUUAAGAAUUUUGAUUUUACAUUGUUUUUAACUCUCCAUCCCUUUUGAGGAAGUGCUAGCCACAAAAGUGAAACUAAGCUCUCCAACUGUGUGUAAGAAUGUACUUAGUUAAGGAGACAGACACAAUUUUUUAAGGCAGUCUGUUAAGGUGGAGAGUGAGUUCUUAAUUAGACCAAUGGCACUCAGUUUGGAGAAAAUACUGUUGAACACCCCAUUGACUGUUGGUAUCAUGCAGCAAUUAUUGGAUGAGCAAUCAAAAGAGCUCAGAACUGAGAUAAAUAAAAUGGUGAAUGAAAAUGUUUCAGAGAAAGGUCAGAUUAAAGGAGACAUGGAACUUUUGGGAAAUAAUACUGAUAAAAAUCUGCCAGAACAUGAAAGUGGAAUGGUGAAGUGGGAAGCAGCAGAUGAUGAAAUGGGCCUUCAAACAGGUGCCUGGAGGAGUGAAACAGUCAAGCAAUGGAGUUGUGAUUCUGGACGACUGGAAUGAAACCAUUGGCGGAGAGAUUAAGAAACAUUCUGAGAUGGCAGAGAUAAGAGUCUACAAUUUGAAAUGAAUUCAAAGGGGGAAACUAUCAAGCUUCUGGUGAUGCACUUGGAAAAAGAAUGGAAGAAGUGGAAAUGUUUUACAUUAGUAGGAUGCCCCGAAAUGAAAGAAGUUCUUCUUUUUCUCCUGCUAAACUAGGAUGGAAAAUUAAUGAAUUAAUGAAUAUUAAUGAAAUUAAUAUUAAUGAAUAUACAAUAAAUACCUAUGGAUUGAUAUUUUAGUAUACGAUCACAACGGAGAGAUUCCUUUAUGAAUAGAGAUUAACGAUUUAUUGUUUUUUAACUGUGGAAGGGUUGCUGGAAUUCUUUGGGGAUAAAUUCAUCACACCGGAUUGAAGUCUUGACUUUCAAUGAUAAUAACAAUGGGAAAGCCCCCUUUAGACUUUGUGUGGAAGGGGAAAUGAUUGAACUUGAGGUCUGGGGUUGAAGAUUGGGAAAACACCAUCUAACAGAACAAGGAGCAGCUGGAUAUUAUCGUGGAAUACAGCUAGAUACCAUCCUGAACACUCAGAAUAUU